UGCUGGGGGAAAAAAAUCUUACUCCUACUUACAUACUACUUAGUGUACAAUAUUCAGAAAUGGAUAAAAGAAAACAGACUAAUGAAGAACAACAAAUUACACAAACUUCUUACACAUUCCUAUGACUACCUUGCUUUUAAAAAAGACUGGUUUCCCACUCUCAUCUGGUUUGAGGACUGGUGAGACUGAGAGAACUACAAGGCCAAUCUAAACCAGCUGGUUCAGCGGGAUAAAUGCUAUGUCAAAGGACGCCACCCUGCGGACCGCAUAUGAACUACACUAUUCUGAUAAAAACAACAGUAUCGUAUAACCUGCCCAAUAACGGGAGGGUUGAAGACUGCAUAUUUUAAAAUCCCCUAUACUGCAUCCAUGCAUUCACACUCUCACAAUGUACAGAAAUACUUCACAAUGUCCUUUUAUUAAGGUCGUUAACCAAAUGCUCCUUCUCACUAAUCUCUAAAAAUAGAUAAUAAAUGUACACCAGAUCUUUCUGUUACGACACAUUAGUCAUGCAAAGAGCAGGUGAACCCAUGCAGUCCACAUGCAAAGCAGGAUGCGAAGCCGACUGGUCACAUAUGCUGUGUCUAUGCUGUGAUGUCAUCUGCCGGAAGAUGCAGGUUUAGUGCGCUGACUGUAUUCCAGUGAAAGGCGUUUGACAGCUUGUCGUAAUAAAGGAAAUGGGAGCGAAGCGAUAGCAUUACUCAUCUCCAUGGAGCGCCAUAUAAUGCGCCAUCCCUCAAACAACACGUUUUAAAGGAAAAUGGUGCCCAGUUCAACGACUGGUUAAUAACAGACAGCCUAAUUCUUUCCCCAUUACAAUCGUCAUACUGAGAGCAUCGACCUUGCUGGUGUGGCCAUGAAUCCGGCGGAACAAACGGUUACUUGGCUCAUUACGCUCGGGGUUUUGGAAUCACCAAAAAAGACCAUUUCGGACCCCGAUGGAUUUCUGCAGUCUUCGCUAAAGGAUGGGUUCGUCCUGUGCAGGUUGCUGGAGCGGCUACGUCCAGGCACUACUGAUAAAAUCUAUCAAGAUCCCAAGAACGACAGCGAGUGCUUGAGCAACAUCACGGAGUUUCUCAAGGGCUGCGCGGUGUUUCGCGUCGAGGUAAGUUGGUGUGUUUAUGUGUUACAGAUGUUCCCAUUAGUUAUUAUUCUCCUCUGUCUUCUCUCUGUUGGUGUAGAUAUUGGCAUAGGCAGCGACUCUGUAUGUACCCGUCACUCUUCUGCCCACCGGAUCAAAUCCUUCGAAUCACUGGCCUCCCAGUCCUCACUGGGCCGAUCUUCUAAGUUGCUCCAUAACCAGUUCCGCAGCCUUGACAUGACGGAAAACAGUAAUGCUCAGUUAGUGGUUAAAGCUCGCUUCAACUUCCAGCAGACCAAUGAGGACGAGCUUUCUUUCAGUAAGGGUGACAUCAUCAACGUUACUCGCACGGAAGAAGGGGGUUGGUGGGAAGGAUCUCUCAACGGCAAGACAGGCUGGUUUCCAAGUAAUUAUGUCAGAGAGGUUAAAGGGUCUGUGUCCCCUAAAUCUGGAACUCUUAAAAGCCCUCCCAAAGGUUUUGAUACCACAUCCAUCAGUAAAACCUACUACAACCUGGUGCUACAGAACAUUUUAGAAACUGAAACAGAGUAUUCAAAGGAGCUCCAGAACCUUUUGACCAACUACCUGAGACCUCUACAGAUGACAGAAAAACUGAGACCCUCAGAUGUAAGUGUCAUUCUCGGGAACCUGGAGGAAAUCAGCACUUUCCAGCAGACUCUGGUCCAGUCACUGGAGGACACUACCAAGCUUCCAGAGCUACAGCAGAAAGUAGGAGGGUUCUUCCUGAAUCUCAUGCCCCAGAUGAGGUCUCUUUAUGUGUCUUACUGCUCCAACCACCCAUCAGCAGUCAGUAUUCUCACCGAUCACAGUGAGGAACUCGGGGAGUUCAUGGAGGGGAGGGGUGCGUCGAUACCAGGCAUUCUCACGUUGACCUCUGGCCUCAGCAAACCCUUCAUGAGACUUGACAAAUAUCCCACAUUACUUAAGGAACUGGAGAGACACAUGGAGGAGGGUCAUCCAGACAGGACAGAAAUUCAGAAAUGUAUGACAGCUUUCAAGAAUCUCUCUGCACAAUGUCAGGAGGUGCGGAAGCGCAAGGAGCUCGAGCUUCAGAUCCUGACUGAGACGAUUCGCCUGUGGGAGGGGGAAGACAUUAAGACCCUGGGUUCAGUGCUGUAUAUGAGCCAGGCCUUGGUCCAGAACCACGGCUGUGAGGAUAAGCAUGAACGUUACCUUCUGCUGUUUCCUCACGUUUUGCUCAUCCUGUCUGCCAGUCCAAGGAUGAGUGGCUUCAUCUUCCAGGGCAAGCUACCUUUGAGCGGGAUGACGGUGACCCCAUUAGAAGACUGUGAAAGUCAUAAAAAUGCUUUUGAGCUUUCAGGAAGCAUGUUCGAGAGACUUCAGGUGAUCUGCUAUAACAAACAGGAUCUGCAGGACUGGCUCGAGCAUCUGAACCGACAGACCAAGCACCCCACCAUGGUGGCUCCCAGCAUGAAACCCCUCACUGUUCCCUGCCACACACUCCCGUCUCACCCUCUGACGCCAUCCAGACAUGCAGAAAGCCGGGGCCUGACAGUUGCUCCUGCCUACCACACCUUACCACACCCCUCCUCUCAUGGGGCCCCUCACAGCACUAUGAUGUGGGGCCCCCUGGAGCCCCCCAAAACCCAGAAGCCCUGGAGCCUGAGCUGCUUGCGUCCAGCACCUCCACUCAGGCCCUCAGCUGCUCUCUGCUAUAAAGAGGACCUCAGUAAAAGCCCCAAGACUAUGAAAAAGCUGCUGCCCAAGAGGAAGCCAGAGAGGAAGCCGUCCGAUGAGGAGUUUGCACUGAGGAAGAGUACUGUAGCUUUGGAGGAAGAUGCUCAGAUCCUGAAAGUAAUCGAGGCCUACUGCACGAGUGCCAAAACCAGACAGACUCUGAACUCAAGACAGUGGAAAGAUGCCAGUCCAGCACUGAUAGUUCCUGGGGAGGAGAAGUUCAGUGUAGACGAGUUGAAGAGUAAUGGUCAGACUCUUCCAGAGGAGAAGAGCCUUGUGGAUGUUGUUUAUGCUCUGAGAGUUGAGGUACAAGAACUUAAACAGGACUAUAAAAAAAUGAAGAAAUCCCUGGAGGAAGAGCAGAGAGCCCGGAAAGAUCUGGAGAGGAUAGUUAGAAAAAUGCUAAAGAAUAUAAACGAUCCUUCUUGGGAUGAGACCAAUUUAUGAUAACAAUCUUGCCCCUUACUAGUUUUCAUUCUUUUACAUUAAUGGUUAAAAUGGCCUGGAAGUUCAACCAGAACGUUCAAAUUAUCAUAUGUUUUCUUACAUUAAAACCACUUUUGAUGUUUAUGAGUAUACCUUAUAUGGCUCAUUCUGAUGUAAGAUCUAAAAGAUGGUCUUUUAGUGCAUCUACACAAAGCAGAUUUUUAUUUUCAUUUUUUAUUUGGCUUGUGAAAUUCUGAAGAAAUUUAAAACCACUAAUUUCUUGGUGAACAAUCAUGACGUGACUUGCUUGCUUGAAGUCAUAGCUUAAUCUCAUUGGGUGGCAUGAGUGUAACCUAUGAAUUUCCCUGACGAGUUCAUCUUUCACCUGAUGUUAAGGUGUUGAGAUAGACAGUACCGCAGUCUACACAUCCCACUAAUGUUUGGGAUUUUGAGUGUCCUGUUUUUCUAUAUUACCUUUGUCAUUACAAAGGUUCAAGACAUCAUCAUAUUUUACUGUUAAGUUUCAUUUUUAAAUACAUUUUAUUCAGAUGCUCUCUGAUUUAAUGUUGAAUCUGUGAAUAUUUCCAUGAUGUGGUACCGAGAACUUUUUCAUUCCAUUUAAUUAUCGUUUACAAAUGACUCAAAUGUUGAUACUUAAUCAUUAAAUCAGAGUGAGUGUGUACAAGCAUAGCAAAUGU